AUGGAAGUGCUUCCCCUCAUCUUCAUCACAGGAGCCAGCGGUUUCAUCGGCUUCGAGGUGGCAUUUCAAGCCCUGCACGCCGGCUACCGGCUCAGACUUUCAGUUCGUGAGCAUGGCAGUAUCCCAAAGUUGCAACAGGCCCUAUCGGGACACUCGGAUCGAGUAGAAUUCGUGGUAGUGCCAGAUAUUACGGUGCCCGGGUGCUUUGACCGGUUCUUGCACGGCGCAACAUACGUCAUUCACGUUGCCUCGCCUCUCGCCUUCGCAGGAGGCGAUAUCUAUACACCCGCGGUUCGGGGGACAAAAUCAAUUCUAAGUGCUGCAUUGCAGGUGAAUACCAUCAAGCGGGUUGUGCUUACCUCCUCGGCCCUUGCUUUGAUCCCCGGCGAUCAUCGUCGCGACGGACUAGUAGUCUCCGAGCAAACCGAGCUUGACGAAGCGAUUGAUCCUGCCUUAAUCCCCAGCCUUGACCCUAGGGCCCAGUAUAGAGCGGGUAAGUUGGCAGCUCACAGAGCAACGCUCGAAUUUGCGAGCGAUCACGAUCCACAUUUCAAUAUCAUUAUGCUUUAUCCGACUUUUGUCUUCGGCCCCAAUCGGCUUCAACAGUCAGCCUCUGAGCUUGCUGGAACAAACGCAUUGCUAUUCUUUACACUAAUGUCCGAACAUCCCAAGGGAGGCCAGUUUUUAGGCGCCCACAUUGAGGACGUUGCAAAAGCACACAUCAGGGCAUUGGGCUACGCUGCCCCUGGUGUUUCUGGUUUUCUGCUGUCAGGAAAGCGCCGUUCUUGGAGCGAUGUUUGUAAAUUUGUGAGGGAGGAGUUUCCCACCAUGAAGUUGAAGUUGCAACCCAGAGACUGGGAGAACUAUACUGUUGAUACCAGUCAGGCGGAGAAAUGCUUGGGCUUGUCAUUUCGUCCCAUGGAAGACCAGGUGCGCGAUCUCCUUCAGCAGCAGCUAUCGUUCAGAGAGUUGUGA